AUGGCCCCCAUGCACAACCCCCCAAGCGAAGAUGACAUCGCCUCCACACUCACCCACCUCAAGCUCUCCCCCAAAGACCCGCAGAAACCACUGCACAAGCCAAAGUCCAAACCCGUAGCCGACUCUUGGGACGAAGAAGACCUCUCAGGCUCAGACACCGAGACGGAAGAGAAUGCAGGCCCAGCCCAGCCCUUGUCCUCCACCUCGACAAACACCACAACCACAACCGCUACCACCACCAGCACUACCGCCACCGCCCCGUCUACCGACUCCCCCACCUCCCCCAUCUCCAUCCUCUCCAGCAUAAACAGCCCCCCGAACCCGCCGCCGCCGACGCCCGCCAGUCCCACCCCAUUCGACGGCUUCCCGGACAACUCGCCGUAUCGAUCCGGUGCGGCGUUUGGAUCGGGGCCAGGCGGUGCGGUCGGGCGUAGUGCGAGUGAGAAGAGGCCGGAGAAGACGACGGCGGUUGCGGGAAGGUUGAUUGCGGGGGCGUUGGGGGUUAGGGCGCCGAGGCGGACGGACGAGGAGAGGGAGUUUGAUAGGGUGGUUAGGGAGAAGGAGAGGAGGAGGAGGGUUGAGGAGAAGGAGAGGGAGAGUAGGGAGGCGGAGGAGAGGGAGAGGCGGAAGAAGGCGGUUUGGGAGGAUUAG